CUAGACAAAUGUUCAUCACGGCGUCAAUUUUCAACGCAUGCGUAUUAACACGCAGCUCUUAUUUAUGGCUAGGUGCUCACAAGAGUGCACGGAGUGAUGCACCUGCGAUGUAUACUCGAGUUCGUCGGCCGUCCUUUAGAUCAGGAACAAGCGUGGGCUAUUCUGUAUCAAUGUUCUUGCUUGUUGAAGCGAAUUUGGCGACAGAGACAACGAGACGCACAACCUAUAUUUCCUGUUGAACUAGACUUCAUUUGUUUGGCAAGUGAUGGGUCUAUUGACAUUCAAUGGCAAGGAAACAAAGAGAACGGGCUAGUGGCUGCAACAAGGCGAAGAGAUGUGUUAGCCUCGCUUGGCUGGGCAGUGUACAGGGGACUGGACUACAGUCUAGCGGAAGAUGAAGCGAGAGAGCUUCAAGAAGACUUGGAAAAGGUGAUAACACGUAUGACGGACAAUAGCGGAGAAGACGAGAGAGACGUCGAUUUUGACACUGUUAUUGAGGCUUGCCGAGUACGGCUGCCGUUGUUGGAGCAGACAGACAGUCACUACAAGUCUGUAUGCAGAUCUUUAGUCACCAGCGCUAAGAAACAAAGCUAUAAACAGAAUCAUGACGUGCAGGUUGCAGAGACAUACGAGCUACAAGGAAAAAUUUCUGCUUAUGACACUUUGCCUGAUGUUGUGCCUAAUGAAUGGAUGGUUCACUGGAUGCAUGUUGUGGAUCAACUCAAACAAGGUGUGGAGUUGCAAAAGAUCAUUCUGCCUGAAAAACCAUCUAAUAGAAAAUAUGAGUUAACACCCUAUGAGAAACUCAUGGAAAGUAUCAAGCAUCCACCUCAACUGAAUUCUGCAUUGGAGCUUGCAGAGAUUAGUGAGGAAGUGCAGUUACAACGAAGUCAUCCUCAUCUGAAACCUGUAAGCAGUAGGAAGUUGAGUUCAAAACCUGCAGAUGUGCUGACUCCGAUGGAAAGGUUGAUUUUGGAAAUUCAGUCUCCUUCUACGCUAAAGAAGACAUGUACUCGAAUUCAGUCAGAGCCAAUAUGUGCUGGCAUGCUGCAUGAUCAUGGGUGUUCUAUGUUUACACGGAGAACAUCUGCGUCGCCUGCUCCUGAGCGAUCUCCUAUGACUGUCAAACGGAAGUUAAAAGCAAGGACGUUAUCAGAAAUGUUCUCUGAUGCAGAGAAAGAAAGUGAGACCUCUGAGACUGUGAGCAGCUCAAGGCUUACUCGUACUUUGACUAUUGAAAAGAUUGUAUCAUUUGAUGGAGAACCUGUAGUAAGGCAGCAGCCAGCCAUUGAUCAAGAGAACCCAGGGUCUUCUCUACAAGGAGACACUGAACAUUUGACUAGUUUUCAUCAGACCUCUAUACUAUCAGUACCAACGAAGUCAGAGGGAGGUGAUGGUGGUAGUGAGGCACUUGGUCUAGCUUCUUCUGUUGGACAGAUGCACAAGACAGGCGAAGUUAGCUCUAAACCAGCAAUCUCUCUUGAUGAAUUGAGACACAUCCGGGAGGUUUUAGACAGAGCUCUGUUGGAGUCUUUAGAAACUGAAGAAAAUGCUUUGUAUUUAUCUUUGAAGAUGGGCAAGGUAGGUUGUUGGCCAUACAUUGUUUUUAUUAAUUAACGUACUGUUUCAAGUGCUUCAAUGCUGUCACAUAACCAAACAGUUGAAUGUGGUUUACAGAGAGCUAAGUACAAACUAUGGAGCUGUAUGAAACAGCUUCCUGGCAUUCCAUAUUGGGUUAUUUUAUACUAGCCCACCAUCCCGUUCUCCUCACGGGCAGAUUAAUUAGUUGUUAAUAAAUUUAUUUAUCAUUGUAUGCACACACACACACACACACACACACACACACACAAGCACACACACCAGCUCUCCUUUGUAUAGCCUGUGGAGAUAGAGAACAGCUGAUCAUGAAGAUGGAAGUGUGAAAGUAACAAAUUGGGAAAGGUGGGCGUUACUAUAGGCGUAGAAUGACAUGACAUUCAGGCUAGCAGCUGGACAGCAUUCUCAUGAAGAAUUUCAUUCACAGUUAUAUAUCUCGUUCAACUAUAUCCCACUCAGAAAAGCUAGCGAGGAUCCAGUAUUCCAAAGUCUAGCUAGCAGCGAAUUUCCCAUUGAGGAACACAUAUCUGGGCAGCAAAAUCAUGGAAGUCAUGUGCAGUUACUUGCUCACCCGUAUAUGGCUUGACACUCAUGCGGAUGAAUUCGAAUCUUGCUCUUCUCGCAUUUUCUGUAGAAAUCAACACAUUCCCUGUGUAGCGCUCGUUGCUGGAA